UUUCACCCCCAGAGGAUGAAGAGACCAAGGACUGUGCUGAGAAGCUGGCUCGGUUUGUGGCCGACGGGGGCCCCGUGGUGGAAAUGGUUGCCCUGAAAAACCACCGAGAGAAUCAGUCAUUCAGAUUUUUGUACGAGCCCAAUAGUUCAGGAUACAAGUAUUACCAGCAGAAGCUGGAGGAAUUCCGGAAAGCAAACAGUGACAUCGAGGGCAUGCCACCAAUAUCAGAAGCCAACCUGAAGCGCAAGGCCUCGUCGGAAGGAGGACCUUCCUCUUCCAUUUCUUCUUCCUCCUCCUUCUCCUCCUCCUCUUCCUCCUCCUCCUCCACAACAGCAGUACCCACGGUUUCGCUGCCAAAGCAGGCAGCCGCAUCCAGUGCGAAGAAAAAGCGGAAAAGCCGGUGGGGCCCAGAGGAGGAGAAGGUGGACUUGCCUCCUCCAGAGCUCGCUCAGCAGACACAGGAACCGUCGCCAACACCGUUGUCUGGUUAGCUCUUGUUGUGUUUUAAAGCCAGUGCAGAGCUGGGGCUUGUGAGGGGGUUGUUGUGGGGUGAGUUUUCUCACCCACCCGCCCAGUUUUGUUUCAAGCAGAGGGUAGUGCUAGAGAAGCAGCUUCAUUUCAUGGCUCAGUGGUUAGAGUGCAGUACUGCAGGCUACUU